AUGGCCGUCCUGGGAAACCUCAAGUCGCUCAACGAACUCGCCAAACAAGCUCGAGCAGACCAUAUCAUUCACACGGGUGAUUUUGGCUUUUAUGAUGAUAGCUCUCUUGAGAGAAUUGCGGACAAGACCCUCAAACAUGUUGCACAAUACUCUCCGCUCCUCCCAGAGCCCAUUAAGCGCAGCGUCGCCCAAGUUCCUCCGCAACAGUCUAUUAAACAACGAUUUAGCCCCGAGCAGCUCCCGCUCUCGGAACUCCCACUUCUCCUUAACAAGCAAAUGACCCUCGAUGUGCCUGUUUAUACCGUGUGGGGCGCCUGCGAGGACGUUCGUGUCCUGGAGAAGUUCCGUUCCGGCGAAUACAAAGUUGAUAAGCUACACAUCAUCGACGAGGCAAACUCGAGACUACUAGACAUCGGCGGCGUCAAGCUUCGUCUUCUCGGCCUUGGAGGCGCAAUUGUUAUGCAUAAGCUUUUCGACAAUGGUGAGGGCAAGACAACGAUUGCUGGUGGACAGGGUACCAUGUGGACGACACUGCUGCAGAUGGGAGAGCUAGUCGAUACCGCCAACCGCGUCUACGAUCCCGCGGAAACCCGUAUCUUCGUCACCCACGCAUCCCCCGCUCGAGAAGGAAUGCUAAACCAGCUAUCCGUCACCCUCAAGGCCGACUUCUCCAUCUCUGCCGGUCUACAUUUCAGAUAUGGAAGUUCCUACAACGAGUUCAGCGUCAACCCGACUCUGGAUCAUUACCGUGGAAAACUGGCUGCCUCCAAGGCAUCUUUCAAUGAUGUCUGGGAUACCGUCCGGGGCGAAGUAGAAUCGGCUAUAAAUGCGAAUGAAGCACAAAAGACCUUGUUGGAUAAUGCGCUGGAUAUCGUCCAAAAGAUGCCUAGCAUCGCAAACGGUGGCAACCCGUUCGGUGGACCUGUCACGGCGAGCAAUGCGGGCGGCCAGGUAGACGAAAGUGCCUUCAAGAACAUGUGGAACUUCAACUUGGCCGAUGCUGCCUUCGGAUAUCUUGUUCUCGACAUCGAGGGCGGCCGAAUUGGUACCGAAAUGCGCGCCCAAGGGUUCAACUUCUCUCAUCGUGGCGGCAAACCUACGCCAGCUGGCGCUCCACAGACCGGCGCAGCUCCUCCAGCACUAACCAACCCCCCUAGUGCCACAGGAAGUGCCUCCGGAGGACCAGGCGGCCCUCCACAAACCCGAGUUGCGCCUCCACAGUUCGGACAGAUACCAGCUCAGCCAUCGCGCAACCCUGGCAACCAGUACCCCCCUCAGGUGCCUUCUACACAAGCCCACCCAGGAAAGCAGCAUUCUCCUCUACCACCUAAAUCAACUGCAUCCCCGGCCCCGGUUGGCGCCAACAAGGAGAAGCCAGCAACCCCUAAACCAGCCACCCCGCUCGCCGGAGGACCUGCGCCCCACGGUGCGUCCACAGAGACCUCCGCGUCUGAGGCUAAUGGCUCAGCUCACCCAUCAGGACAAGGAGACUCGAAAUCAGUCAGCUCGACGGACAAGAAGCUAACCAGUGGUCUUUUUAUUUCCAAUGUGGAUACUGAAGAAGCCGUUCGACAGCUGUGGCCUGACGAGGAUCGAGCAAAGAUUAUCAAAAUUGAGAAAUGGGGCAAGUUCAACUUUGUAGUCACUUUUGCUACUCCCGAAGACUCCAAGCUUGCUCUUGAGAGACAGCCACUGGAGCACAAGAAACCCAGCCCUGCUGGUCCUAACCGGAAACCCAAUGUAAAGGUCUUCGAGGACCGGGCAUCCCACCGCACCGUCAACCGUGAUGGUCAGGGAAAUGCCGGAACAUGGCAGGCUAGCAGCCGCGGCGGCGGCUCAUCAGUAAACCCACGCAGCGGAUACCAGAGCGGAAGCGCUGCCAGCGACGGUGAGGGCGGUCGAGGCCGUGGAGGAUACGGUGGACGCGGGCGAGGUGGACGUGGUGGUGAGCGAGGCGGAAGAGGAACAGGACGGGGCGGACGAGGCAUGGGAUUUAACAAGGGCCCAGGGGAUUCAAGCUCUCCAGCGGCUACUCCAGUUCCAGCAGGAGACAAGCCCGCGGCAUCCACCGAGUCAUAG